AUGUCAAAUUAUGACAAUGGUGAGUACAAGACGACAAGAAAGAUGGACCACCACUCCAGCAAUGUUGUGCUUGAUUUGUCUUCCUCCCUGGCUUUAGUGGAGAGAAACCUGGUAUGUGGGGAUGGAUGCAACAGGACUGGAAGCUUUGCAGACCACAUCCCUGAAAUUUUCAUUGAUAGCAUCACAUCAUUUAUCUGCCUGUGUGGGCUGUUUGGGAAUGGAACCAUCCUCUGGCUCCUUGGUUUCUGCAUCAAGAGGAACCCUUUCACUCCCUACUUCUUGAACCUAGCCAUUGCAGAUUCCUUUUUUCUCAUCUCUACAUCCGUUUUCCUCGUAGUAUAUCAUGCCCCCCUGUUCAGCUAUUUUCAGCCAAAGCUUUUGCACGUGCUCCUGCCAUUUCACUCUGUGGUUUUGCUCACAUACAGCACUAGCCUGUAUCUCCUCACAGCCAUCAGUGUGGAGAGGUGUCUGUGUGUCCUUUGGCCCUUUUGGUACCGAUGUCAUCGCCCAAAGCUCUUAUCGGUAGCCAUGUGUUUUCUGCUCUGGCUGCUUGCUUGUGUGCUGUCCGUGCUUGUGUACUUUGUGUGUGAUUUGGCUCACUGCAAGCACUGCUGGAUGGUUCUCGCAAUCUUGUGCUUUCUCAAUUUUUGCCUUUUUACUCCCUUUAUGAUUCUUUCCAAUGUGAUCCUUCUCAUCAAGCUUAAGCAUAGCUCAUGGCAACAUCACUCAGAUAGGAUGUACACAGUGGUCUUCCUUGCUGUUUUCUUCUUCCUUCUCUUUGCCAUCCCACUCAGCGCCGAGAUCUUCCUCAACUUUUUUGUCUAUGUUAAGUUUGUCUUGGAGAUCUGCUUGUUGCUGGCAUCCAUCAACAGCAGCAUCAAUCCAGUUAUUUAUGUCCUAGCUGGGUGUUACAGAGAGUCCACGUUCAGGGGAUCUCUCAAAGUUGCUCUUGAAAGGGUCUUUGAAGAUAAGACAGAUCCUCAAAUAAUGGAUGAGACCUCUGCAGAGGGAAUUGCUGCCUGA